UAUCCCUGCAGCUCCCGCCACAGCUGCGCUUGCUUUCCCUGCCGACGAUGAGCGACGAGGCGGCCUCGCGAGCGCUUCUCCUCGACAGCGGCACCGCCGAGGCCGUGACGGUGAAUCAGCGGGCGCUCAUCGACAAGAUCCUCGCACGAUACGCCGCCGAAUUCACCGUCUUUCGAGAGCUAAUUCAGAAUGCAGACGAUGCCGGGGCGGACUGCUGCGAGCUUCGUUUUCACAGCGUCGAAGAGCCCAAGGAGCCUGUUGAAGGAGCUGCAGCCACGCCGCCCAAUCUCAAGGCGACCCUCAAGCGCUGGGUGUUUCGCAACAAUGGCAAGCCGUUCAGUGGCGACGACUGGAAUAGACUGAGGUGGCUCGUCAUUCCAUACCAGCGCAUCGCCGAAGGGAAUCCGGACCCGGACCGGAUCGGGGCAUUUGGCGUAGGGUUCUACAGCCUCUUUUCCAUUGCCGAGGAGCCCAUCGUAUCGUCGGGCGAUGAGCUUAUGGGCUUCUUUUGGAAAGACGAUGCCCUCUUCACCCGAAGAGCAACGUCACCCUCCAAGGAUGUUUCGCCCAAUGGCAAGCCAUGGACGACGUUCCACAUGGCUCUCCGCGAGCCUGCCCCCUUUCCCGAUUCACUCCUAGACCUCUCGCGAUUCUUGGCCACCUCGCUCACAUUCACAGCCAAUGUGCGCCAGCUCAGCCUCUUUUUUGACGACAAGCCACUUUGCAAGCUUAACAAGCGUCUCGAACCACCCAAGGCAAUGAGUAUGCCCGGCCACCUUAAUGCGACGACGCCAAAGAAGAUGAUGCGGGUCCAUUCGCUCGAGAGCACGGCGAUGCGCCUCGAUGUCGAGGCCAUGCGACUCGUUCUGGAUCUCGUUGAAAAGCCCAAGUGGAUCAAGCCCAGCCUCACAUCGGCGUUUACAAAGACGGCCGGAGGAGGAGGGGGUGCAUUCGCAACGAUGCUGCAGAAUGCCUUUGGCAGGUCGUCCUCGAGCAAGGAGAAACAGGCGACGUCAACGCCGUCCACCCCCGCCACCCCCGAGAGCAGCGGCAUCUCUACUCUGGAGAAGACGGCACGGUCAAUGACGACCGUGUCUUCGAGUGUGCACGUGCGCAUCGUCACGGCCACCGCCAGCGUUAGCGUCGACCGAGCGUUUGAGAGGGAGAUCGAGCGAAGCACAAAGAAGCCGCCGCCAAAGCAAACAAAGAUCCAGGUCAUUGCUCAGAACAAGGACGAGGCCGAUGCGAGCAGCAAAGAGGGCGACGACGCAAAGGAGAUCUUCAAAGGCAUCACUCCGAGCCUCGAUUCGCAGGGCUUCGUCUUCAUCGGCUUCAAGACGAGCCAGACGACUUCCUUUUCUGGCCAUCUCGCCGCUCGAUUUAUUCCCACCGUUGAACGAGAGAGUAUUGACUUUAUAGAUCGGUACUGUGCGCAGUGGAAUAACGAGCUGCUGGCCGUUGGCGGGUACGUGACUAGGGCCGUAUACGAGGCGGAGCUGUACGAAGUGGGCAAGCUGUGGAACGAGAAGCUGGGCACCGCAAGGCCAAAGGACGACGACGAGACGGCCAAGUGGCUUCUCGACCGCGGCCUUCAUCUCAUGCGCUUCUUCACCUUUCGCGCCUCGACGCCUUCGCCCCGCGUCUACUCUUCGCUUGAGACAGCCUUCUUUGCAUCUGCACGCCAGCAGACGCUCACGCUCGCCUCCACGCGGGGUGUCAAGCACUCGGCCCUCGUCAGGUUUCCCAAUGCCAUCCUCUCUGAAUUCGUCAAGGAUCUGGCUGUCAUUCCACCGUCUCAUGUCGAAGGCGCACAGGAGUUCAUUGGCCAAGUGCGAGCUCGAGGUUUGGUGGGCGAAAUCACGAUGGACGACGUCCUGUCCGAGCUUUCGGGGAGGGCACUCGAAGUUGGCGAGAUGGUGGCCUGCCUCAAGUGGUGGAUCUCGGUCUCGAACCACGCCAAUUACGACCCGAGCCUGAGACGGAGGCUACUAGACAGCGCAAUUGUUCAGAUCAAGCGCCCAGACGGCAGCAGCAGCGAUGACAAGGGCGACACUUUCCAACCUCUCGCUUCUGUCAGCACCUUUCUCAAUCCUCAGCGGGUGCCCACUGACGUACCGCUGCCCGUUUCGUGCCUGUCGUAUGAGGUCUCAAAGGCCUUUUCGGCCAGUGAUCUGGCCCGUGUCUUUGGCUGGACCGAGCUCAGCCUCCCGUCCUGGCUCUCCCAUAUCGUCGAGCUGGCUCGUUCGAGAGAUACGGCUCCUGACAUCAACAUCGAACUCUCACCUGCCUUCUCGGAGAAGGUAUUUGGCAUCCUAGCUCGCGCCUGGGGCUCGAUGCCGUCCCACAGACACGAAGAGAUUGCAAAAAUCGUCAAGGAUGUGGCUUGCAUCCCGACGCGCAAGGGCAUGAACAAGCCCGCCGAUUCCUAUUUCGCCAACGUUUCCCUCUUUGAGGAUCUCCCCAUCCUCGCCUUUCCCUCCACGCAGGUCAAGGGUAACUUGGAGAGGGUGCUUGCAGCCCUAGGCGUGCGUAGGCACGUCGAGCUUCAGAUGAUCUUUGACCGUCUCGUGGCUGCGGGCAAUUGGGACGUCACGCAGCUCGUGUCGUACCUGGCGGCAAACAAAGAUACCCUGACCAAGCUCGAACUGGAGCGAUUGACCAAGACGGCUAUGUUCCCGAAAGCAGGCGAGGUUGGACCGCCGGGAAAGGACGGCAAGCCUAGGAUCAUUCGAUAUCGGGCCUCGCAGCUCUAUGAGCCCAUCGAUUCCCUCCGUGCCCUCAACCUACCCGUUUUAGACUGGCCCGGCAAGCCUUGGCGGCAAUCUUCGGACGAAGCAAAGUUUGCACACGAGCUUGGACUGAGGAGACACCCGCCAAUCGAGGAACUCCUAGCCCUUGCCUCGGACAGGACGUCUGACGUGGAGCUGCGAGGGCGUGCCUUGGCGUACCUCCUCGACAAGAUUACGACUGUGUACAAGGACAGCUACACACUUAAAUUGGCCUCGUCUUUCGCUUUUGUACCGUGCGAGGCCCCUAGCACGGAGGCGUCCAAGACAGUGAUGAAAUGGUGCAAGCCAACAGAGGUCUUCACGAACGUGGAGGCCAGCUGCCUUGGGUUUGCGAUCGUGAGCAAAUCGAUCAAUGUCGUCGAUCUGCCCAAGCUUCAGCUCCGCGCCAAUCCAACCAGCACUCAGAUUAUCAACAAGCUCGUCAAUGAGCCCUCCCUCGACAUCGAGCACGCCAAGAAGGUAUUCGAGUAUCUCUCAACCGUCGCAGAUAUCACCGUCUCCGAUUAUGGGCGCCUCAAAUCGGCGGCAUUCAUUCCCGUCAUCGGCAAGGCUUCUUCGAUUGAUAAGAAAAGCGAGACCAAAAAGGUGAAGCUGGCGGCACCGUCCGAGUGCUACUUUGCGACAAAGAGUGCCUCCACUGCACAGAUGCGCGAUGUCCUCAUGGACGUUUUUACGUUCGUCGACUUUGGAGAGAAGGCAGCCGUCUUUUUGAGAAAUUGUGGCGUGGCAAAUGAACCGAGUAUCGAAGAAGUCGCUACCAAGCUGGUCCAAACUCCCCAGCGCUUCUACUCCAUCGGCGGCGUAGACGCUUACCUGGGCAUCCUACGACAGAUUGCCAACAAUUGGAAUCGCAUCCGGACGCCGCUGCGUCAAGAAAUGAAGCGCUCAGCCUUUUUGCUGGCGUCCAAGCGCAUCAGCCCUACGGCUUCAUCUUCCAAGGGUAACCCGAAGAACCUCAUGGACGCUGAUAUUGACGACGACGAAGAGGACACAGACGACUCCGGGAUGCUUGUCCAUGACCUUCAGAAACCCGGUGACGUCGUCAUCGUCGACGACGCCACGUCGCACAUGCUCUUUGCUUCACAACUCUUUGUCGUUCCGCACGAAGAUCUUCUCGAAGCCUUUGCAAGCGAGCUCGGCGCCCCCAAGCUGAGUCAACUCGUCGAAGAGCGCUUCGUGGCUGCCGGCCGGCCCAUGUCCAACACGAAGCUGGCCAAUGAGGUCAAGGCCCUAGUGCUAGAGCGAACACCGCUGUUCCUCUUUGAGAAGCGACAAACGGGCAAGUCGGAGAUUCGACGGGACGCAGACUGGCUCAAAAACAAGCUUGAAGUCCUUGAGGUGGACGGGGCGGGUUUGAGACAGACCAGAACGCUGCACUUUGGCAGAAUAUCGGCGACAAAUGAGCAAAAGUGCUCGGCAAUGGCCAGCAUGCAAGAGGGCAAGUUGCUCCUCUUUAUUGCAAGCAACCUCGAGAUCGAUUACUUUGAGGUGGCCAUGGCCCUCUCCAAACACCUGCUCUCGAGGCAGCGUCUCCAGGAGGUGCUCCUAUUCAUGACGCUCCUCUCGACCUCGCUUCGCAAUCUCAAGCGUAGAGGGUUCCACGUUGACAAGAUUCUCUCGCAGCGUAAAGCGGACAAGGAAGCGGCCGAUCGAGCGAUGCGCGAGGAGCGAGCCAGGCUCGAGCGCGAAGCACUUGAGCAGCCGAGUGACGCACAGAUCAAAGAGUGGGUCCAGCACAUGCUCGCCGUCUUUCCCGAUGCGAGUCCCGAGUACGUCGAGCGUCUGCUCAGGAGCGCAAAGGGUGAUCGAGUCAUCGAGGCAACCAAUGCCAUGCUCGAGACGCCUUACCCGAAGAGGCCUCAGCCGAAGCCGUUCGCAGGCGACGCCCCUUCCUCAUCUCCGUCAGACAAGGCUGGAAUUGUUGCUCCUCCAACCUCGUCAGCGGGCGCGAUGUCUGGAGGGGGUGGCUUCCUUUCAAAUUGGAGAAGUCGGUUCAAGGGGAGCGAGGGCCGGUCUUCCUUGGCCGAUGGUACCUCUUCAAUCGAGGGUAUACCUGGAGGGUGGGGCGGCCCACCUAUCGCAGCCGCUGGGAGAGCCGCAGCUGGAGCGGGAGCAGGCGGUAACCCUCACGCGCCACCGACACAGGCCGUCGCCACUACCCGGAAUCCUAAUCCUCAUGCAGACGUCACGCCCUCAUCGAACAUCAAGCGGCGCGUGCUCUCGGCAGUCGAAGCCUCGCGAGGAGGCCCGCGCAACGACGAUCGGAUCCAGAGCCAGGGACAACAGACGCAGGUCAAGGAAGCUGCGCAGACUUACUGCGACACCACUGGUAUCGCCACCGACCUCAGGCUGGCGGGCCAGGUAGGCGGCAUGAAUGUCUACGUGUCGCCAGAGCUGGAUCCGGCCGAGACGCUGCAGAACAAUGAUGCUGCGCUCAAGCGGUUCAUCCACCAGAUCAUUCUGCCCAUCGGGACGGAUGUCUUUGAUCUGGAUCCUCGCUCCCUCAACGUCUUUGCAGACGUAAAGGGACCCUCGAUUGCCUUCAACCGGGGCGGGGCUUUGUUCUUGAACCUCCGAUACCACCUCGUCUGGCACGAUGAGCAAGUCAAGCAAGGCAGGCUCGACGAGGCCCUCAUCUCCACGUACCACUCUCUCGCCCACGAGCUGGCCCACAACGUCGUCGCACAGCACGACAGCGAGCACGAAUUCUGGUUCUCGUCCAUCUGCGAGCAGUACUUUACUCGCUUUGCCACACUCGUUGCCAAGGCAUCCUCAAUCUAG